AAUGUGCCCAUUUUCCAUGUUUAAGUGCAAUUUACGUUUCGAAAAAUUUAAAAAACCAUUUUAACUUUAUCACCGCACAGUGAUCAUGUAAAGUUACAGAAAUUUCAUUCAAUUCUCAACGUUACACACAACAUAUCAACAUGGUCAUCACGAUUUACAAAUAAGGGAGAGUAUAUUAGUUUAUUUUUGAUACGAUACAUACCACCCUACCUACUAUUAGAGUUAAUAAAUGUUUUAGAGCUUGAGUUAAUGCUCAAUUAGAUUUAAAUAUAUAAAUACAUACAUACAUAGAUCUAUUUUGGUGUUUUACUAGAGUUAAAUAUUAGAAAUAUAUCUAUACGGGGCCACAACUAUAAAUGAAUCUAUUUAUGAUAAUAUUGAAUGUUGCACAACCAAGUGACCAAAUGAUUAAAGAAAAUUAAGGAAAUAAGUAUGGCAAAUGCUGUUCCUCAAAUUAAACCUGUGAUUUCAACUGUGAGCACAAUAAAUCCACUACCGGAGAGUGAAAUGGACGCGUUACUACUGGGCAGGACUAGGGAAUUGGUUGUAAACUCACCCAACGAACGAAACUGGCGGGGUAUCUUCAUCGCAUUACUAGUGAUAGCCGCCGUACUAGGACUGAUUGUAUUUAGCAUAAUUCUAGUUUCGCCACCAGAAGAGUCCCCGAGGAUAAAGGGGAUCAAGCCCAGUUUAGAAGAUAUUUUUGUAAAAUUACCUCCACCGGCUAGGUUUAAUGGAACGUGGAUGUCAGAUAACGAAUUUAUUUUCAAAGAUAUAUUUGGUGGCAUUUCCUUAUACAAUGCAGAUAACUUAAAUACGAGCGUUAUUAUGACGAAUAUUACAUUGAGACAAUACGAGGUUGCCGACUUCAUCGUUUCAAGCGACCUAAAAUUCGUCCUACUCAUAAGCCACAUCAUCAAAGUCUACAAAUAUUCGACGCUGGCCAAAUAUCACAUUUACGAGAUUGCUACCAGAGAACGGAGACCAUUAUCACCAAAUGAACUUGACGAGAGUGCGCCUUAUUUACAAUACGCCACCUGGUCACCAGACGGUGCUGCUGUAGCUUUUGUAUAUGAAAACGACAUCUACUACAAACCGAAGGUGGAAAAAGAUUUGGUGUGCAGGAUCACCAAGACCGGAAUACCUCGACUCAUAUUCAAUGGGGUGCCUGAUUGGUUAUAUGAAAAUGAAAUCCUGCGCACCUCUCAUGCCCUCUGGUUCUCUCCCGAUAGUUAUUAUUUACUUUAUAUUAGUUUCAAUAAUAGUAAAGUGGGCGAGUAUUCGUAUACGUGGUAUGAUAGCCAGAACAUGGGAGGGAUUUAUCCGGAGGUGAGGAGUUUUCGAUAUCCCCGGGUGGAAACGCCAAAUCCGGUCAUAAACGUGUGGAUCGUUAAUUUAACUACGCCGAAAUAUCUGUUUCCAUUCGAACUGAAGCCCACCAACAGUGUCAGUGUAGACAGUUACGUAACCAGUGCCAAAUUUAAUGGAGAGAAUAGCGUGGAUAUUGUGUGGCUUAACAGAGCGCACAAUACUUUUGUUAUCGCUACAUGCGGUCAUCAGAGUAAUUACAAUUGUACUGAUUUUCACGUGGAGAAAGAACACGAGAACAUCGGCUGGACAGAGCCAGUCUACCAUCCGGUCUUUAAUGAAAACGGUACAAAGGCCUUGGUAAGGCUUCCAGUUAAAGAUGGCGAUAACGGUCAUUACAUGCACGUCUGCGAAAUUUAUAAGGGGAGAGUGAGACCCUUGACACAUGGUCCAUUUGAGGUUACCAAAAUCUUGGCCUGGGACGAAGAAAAUUCUUUCAUUUAUGCACUGGCCACGAUCGAUCAUCCGGGAUUCCGUCACCUAAUCCGCAUCAUUGACAGAUCCGCCCUUCCCGACUGGGAAUGUCUCACCUGCAUCCGCGAGUUUCAAACCAACUGCACCGACGACGAAUCCUAUUUCAACGAGACCAUUUUAAACGAAAACAUGUGGAUGAGUUACAGGUGCAACUACAACCAUAUCUUUUUCAGCAAGAACCUCAGCUACUUCAUACAGGAAUGUUUGGGACCAGAAAUUCCUAUAGUGAUCUUAGCGAAAACUCAUCCGUACAGCCGUCUAGCGGUACUAGACACCAGUUCGAAGUUACGAAGGCGAAUCAAAAAGUUCUCGCCGCCACAGGAGAAACACAUCUCGGUGGAGAUCGAGUUUGGGUAUAGGGCGCAGGUGAAAUUGUAUCUGCCUGCGAGUUUGAGGGAGUAUGAAGAUUGCACGUUUCCGUUAGUUUUAUUAGUUGACGCAGCACCAUCUUCUCAAGCCGUAUCAUCGAAGUGGGAAGUGUCGUGGUCAUGGUACCUUGCCAGUACUCGUAGCUACAUCGUAGCCAAAAUUGAUGCUAGAGGCUCAGGUUAUCAAGGUAUAAAAAUGCGACGGGAAAUCCAACGAAGAAUUGGGCUGAUCGAGGUCCAAGACCAACUCGCGGUACUAACGUACUUACGAGACACCUUCAAGUACAUUGAUAACGAGAAGAUAUGCGUGGUGGGAAAAGGUUAUGGUGGCUACGUUUCGGCCAUGAUGCUUCUUCAAGACAUACAUCAAGUGAUAAAUUGCUCAGUUAGCAUUUCUCCAAUUACCAAUUGGAGAUAUUAUAAUUCAUUUUAUACAGAAAAGUACUUAGGAUUGCCGUCCAAACAUCCCUUAGAAUACGAGAACGCCGAUCUGGCUUUAAAGGCCGCGAACAUGAACAACCGGAAUUUCUUCCUGAUUUAUGGUACUGCCGACACGAGGGUCACCUCGCAGCAUUCGAUCAUGUUAGCGAAAACCCUGAUCGAGCAGAACGUUUUGUUUCGUCACCUGGCAUAUCCGGACGAAUCCUACGACUUUAAACAGAAGGCCAAACUGCACAUGUUCAAACAGAUCGAUCUAUUUUUUAACGACUCUUUUGGUCCGGUCAUCGAGGACUGGAUAGAAGACACCGCAUUCUUUAUUUAGUUUGUAUAAUUCAUGUGCCUAAUUAAAUAUUUACAUUAGGAACGUUCAUCGUUUUGUAUACUAAAAACUAACAAGACUGAGUAGCGAAAAAACCCAAUAAACGCUUAAAUCGAACAGAAGUCUAUGCCAAUAUGAACACAAAUAUGAGAGUUUCUAAGCAUGUGUAAUAUCGCAUAAGCAAAACAAUUUAAUCAUCAAUAUAAGAAGACUAACGAAGGGUUCAAUGAGAAAAUGAGAUAAAAGUUGCAAAGUAAUAUAAGGGAGUGAGGCAAGAGAAUAACUCUUUAUCAUAUUUUCAUUAAUAACCUUUAAAACAAGGUAUCACUCAACCCCCUUUCAUUAUUAAGAUUAAGACUUCAGUACCCAAGGGCUAGGAGAGUUUUUUAAUAGACUCAAUUUUUUUCUAAAUAAAUGGCAUAGUUAGUAUGUAUCGUAUACGUCACAAAACGAUGAAUGUACCAAACAAAAAAUCCAUUUAAAAAAAUAUCUUGUAAGCAUGUUCCCCGUAUCGGAACAGGGCCUUGAUGUAUAAAACUUAUUUGUUGAUGUUGCAUAUUAUAACACAUUGUAUUUAGCUCUUCCAAGUAAAAGAAAAAUACCAAAAAAAAAAAACAAAUUAAGUUUUAAUUAAAUGUAUAUUUGCAAUGCAAUUUAUUGAUGAAAUAUUUUUGAUAUAAGAAAUAUGAUGAACGUAAUAUAGAUAUUCGAUGUUUAAUUAGUGUAAAGUUAGUUUAAUUCCAUAAAUGUGAUAUUAAUUUUUAUGUUUUUAAUGGGACCUUCCCUUUCAACGAAACGACUCGGCAAUUGCUUAUUGAUGCCUAAUUAUAAUUUUUUUAACAUGAGUAAUUAUUAAUUGUUAAUUAUUUCCUAAUAAUAUAUGGUAUUUAAGUCCUUACUGAUAUUGUAUAAGGCACUUAAAAUAUAAUGAAGUUGCUUCAUCUCCUUUUUUUAGAAAAUCAGAUGUUUGUUAGGUAUAAUUAAUAUUAAUCCUUUUAUAUGUUUUUCAGAAGAUAAAUGGUGUUAAAUAUAUAAAUGUUUUAGAUUUA